CCAAUGCGCCCCCUUGCCCAGCCCACCCAAGCACUGCCCCUUCUGCCUCAGCUCUCCCUGGACCCGCUGUGUCCCAGCUGGGACAGCCCCCUGGACACUAAGGACCUGGAGGACCAGGAGGGCCCGUGGGGAGGGGGCUCUGACCUGCCACCCACAGGUUGCCUCCCCGGCCCGUGGCGCCCGGACGUGGGCUUGGACUGCAAGGGCUCCCCCGAGGGGGCCACGGCACGGGCUUGGACAGCCUCCUACUAUAACCUCCUCCAAAGCUGCCUGCAGCACGCUGGCCUCCCGGAGACCCAGGACCGCAGUCAGGCACCCCGCACAGGCCGCCCCGGGGCAGAGGUGACCCUAUGUAUCCUGGGAUCCCCGAGCACUUUCCUGUCCGUGCUGCUGGAGGGCGGGGUCCAGAGCCCGGGAAACAUGCUCCUCUGCCUGUCCCCUGCUUGGCUGACAAAGGUGCCCGCAACCGGGCAGCCGGGUGAGGCGGUCCUGCUAGUCUCCAAGGCCGUGAGCUUCCACGCAGGGGGCCUAACAUUCCUGGACGACUUUGUGCCCCCUCGCCGGGCCACCUACUUCCUGGCAGGCCUGGGGCCAGGGCCCGGCUGGGGUCGAGAGGCAGCGGAACUAGCCCGUGACCUGGCCUGCCCCACAGGCUCUUCAGCAGAGCUGGCCCGGCUGCUGGAGGACCGGCUGCUGACCAGGCGGUUGCUGGCCCAGCAGGGGGGCGUGGCCGUGCCAGCAACCCUGGCCUUCACCUACAAGCCUCCGGGGCUGCUGCGGGGUGGGGAGGCCAGCCCAGGGCUGCGGCUGGUGGAGCUGAAUGGCAAAGAAGGCCAGGAGGCCCUAGUGAAGGAGGAAGUGGGGGCUUUUCUGCACUCGGAAGCCCUGGGGGAUGCCCUGCAGGUGGCCGUGAAGCUCAGUGGCUGGCGCUGGCGAGGGCAGCAGGCGCUGCGUCUACACCCGAGGGCAGAGGUGGGCGCAGUGGUGGACACGGUGCUGGUGCUGCUGGAGAAGCUGGAGGAAGAGGAGGGUGUCCUGGUGGAAGCUGUGUGCCCGUCGGUCCGGCUGCCCAGCGUAGACAGCUUCCCACCCGGCCCUGAGCUGGCUGUUCGCAUCUGUGCAGUGGUGUGUCGCACACAGGGUGACAGACCCCUGCUGAGUAAGGUGGUGUGCGCCGUGGGCCGUGGCGACCGGCCGCUGCGGCACCAUAGCUCCCUGCCGAGGACGCUGGAGGCGGCGCUGGCCCAGUGCGGCCUGGGGGAGACGGCGCAGGUGGAGGCCGUGCGGCGGCGCGUCAAGGCGGCUGCUGAGGCCGCGUUAGCCGCCGUGCUGGCCCUGGAGGUGCGGGCGGCCGAGCCGGCGGCGGCGGCGCCGCUCGUGGAGACCAUGCUCCGGCGCUCGGCGCGCAGCCUCAUGGAGGGCAAGCAGCUGCUGCUGGUCGGCGCGGGCGGCGUCAGCAAGAAGUUCGUGUGGGACGCGGCGCGCGAUUACGGGCUCAAGCUGCACCUGGUAGAGUCAGACCCCAACCACUUCGCCUCCCAGCUGGUGCACACCUUCAUCCACUUCGAUGUGACGGAGCACCGCAGGGAUGAGGAGAACGCACAGCUCCUGGCGGAGCUGGUGCGGGCGCGUGGCCUGCAACUUGACGGCUGCUUCUCCUACUGGGACGACUGCCUGGUGCUGACCGCCCUGCUGUGCCAGGAGCUGGGGCUGCCCUGCAGCCCACCGGCCGCCAUGCGCCUGGCCAAGCAGAAAAGCUGCACGCAGCUGCACCUGCUGCGCCGCCAGGGCCCACCCUGGCCGGCACCCUCCCUGCAUGCUGUCCCUUGCUGCCCACUGGGGAGCGAGGCAGACGUGGAGCGGGCUGUCCACCAGGUGCCCCUGCCCGGCGUCAUGAAGCUGGAGUUUGGGGCAGGCGCGGUGGGCGUGCGGCUCGUGGAGGACGCGCCACAGUGCCACGAGCACUUUGCCCGGAUCGCCCGUGACUUGCAGGGCGAGGCCGACCACCCAGGCAUCGGGCUGGGCUGGGGCAAUGCCAUGCUCUUGAUGGAGUUCGUGGAGGGCACCGAACAUGACGUGGACUUGGUGCUCUUUGGCGGGCGGCUGCUGGCCGCUUUUGUCUCCGACAACGGCCCCACGCGGCUGCCUGGCUUCACCGAGACGGCAGCCUGCAUGCCCACCGGGCUGGCGCCCGAGCAGGAGGCACAGCUGGUGCAGGCGGCCUUCCGCUGCUGCCUGGGCUGCGGGCUGCUGGAUGGGGUCUUCAACGUCGAGCUCAAGCUGACGGGGGCCGGGCCGCGCCUCAUCGAGAUCAACCCCCGCAUGGGAGGUUUCUACCUGCGGGACUGGAUCCUGGAGCUGUAUGGCGUGGACCUGCUGCUGGCCGCCGCCAUGGUGGCCUGCGGCUUGCGGCCCGCCCUGCCCGCCCACCCGCGCGCCCGCGGCCACCUGGUGGGGGUCAUGUGCCUCGUGUCCCAGCACCUGCAGGCGCUCAGCUCCACCGCCAGCCGCGAGGCCCUGCAGGCCCUGCAUGACCGGGGCGUGCUGCGCCUCAACGUGCUGGAGGAGGCCCUGGUGCCCGGCGAAUACGAGGAGCCUUAUUGCAGUGUGGCUUGUGCCGGGUCCAGCCCCGCCGAGGCCCGCCUCCGCCUGCUGGGCCUCUGCCAGGGCUUGGGCAUCGAUGGGCCCCACUACCCUGUUGCCCACUUCCUGUCUCACUUCAAAUAG